AUGCAAAUGCCUGCUAAGAUGGCAUUGACUGGUUCAAUUUCUAGCAAACCAGUACCACCACGCUCCAAAAAAGUGUCUGCAGCAGGGGUGGAAGUGAACCAGAGCAAGCUGGAUCUUUUCUGCAAGCUGGGCUAUGGUAAGCAGGACAUCUGCAAAGUGCUGGAGAACCUGGGCCCAGAGGCCCUGGAGGAUGAUGUGUUGAAAGAACUGAUUCGGAUGGGUAGUAAACCUCAAGCUCUGGAGAACCAGGCUCAGCCUUCCCCGCUAAAACUUGUUGCCCGUGGGUCAUGUAGCACUACACCAGGGUUGAAGCGGCUUGGAGAAGACGAAAGUGAUUCUUCCGAUUCCUUGAGACCCAUUGUGAUUGAUGGCAGCAAUGUUGCAAUGAGCCAUGGAAACAAAGAGGUAUUCUCCUGCUGGGGGAUCCAGCUGGCGGUGGAUUGGUUUCGAGAGAGGGGGCACACAUACAUCAAGGUCUUUGUCCCACUCUGGAGAAAGGAGCCCCCUCGACAAGACAGUCCCAUUGCAGAUCAGCACAUUCUUGAAGAGCUUGAAAAGCAAUCGAUCCUUGUCUACACACCGUCUCGGAAGGUGAAAGGCAAAAGGGUAGUUUGCUACGAUGAUCGUUAUAUAGUGAAAGUCGCUUAUGAAAAAGAUGGAGUCAUCGUUUCCAAUGACCACUACCGGGAUCUCCAAAAUGAAAACCCUGAAUGGAAAUGGUUUAUUGAGCAGCGACUACUCAUGUACUCUUUUGUCAGUAACAGGUUUAUGCCUCCUGAUGAUCCGUUAGGCCGGCAUGGACCUACUCUUGAUAACUUCCUCAGCAAAAAGCCAGUGCUUCCUGAAAAAAAAUUGCAGCCUUGCCCCUAUGGUAAAAAAUGCACCUAUGGCAAUAAAUGCAAAUUUUAUCAUCCAGAGAGACUACGUCAAGCUCAGCUUUCAGUUGCUGAUGAGCUCAGGGCCAAAACAAAGGUCCUGUUAACCCUGGGGAAAGAGGAGAAGAGAUGUAACUGCUCACUGUACAAGACCAGAGGAGAGCCUGCACCCUGUGAAGUCUGCACAGAAACUCUGCAAGAAGCCAGAGGCUGUGCAGGGCCUUCCUUCUACUCAGGGAGUUCCCAGAGGAGCUGUCCUGAGCAGAUAUCCGGUGCCUGGGCUGGUGGUCCCAGCUCUGACCUGGGGCUGGACCAGUGCUUGCCACAGCCAGAGCCGUUGCGAGACCAGCCGCUCCUGGAGCAGAUGUCAGCCAUGUCCAUUGGUGAUGGCACCUACACCUCUAACUGGUCCAUACAAACCUCUCAGGACAGGGAGGUGAUGGACAACUCUCAUCACUGCGGUGACCUCAGGCACAAGCUGUUCUCACUUCACCAUUCUCAUAGCUUGGACCACACCUGCUCACUGGGGUGCCCUUUCCAGCAAACAGUGCUCCCCUCUGUGCGAGGCGGGAUGUGCCCAGAGCACAGCUGGCCUCGUGAGUGCUGUGGCAUGCACAGAAUGGGGCAGAGGAGCUGCUAUGUCCCCGAUGGUGCUCAGCACAAACAGAUCCUGGGGACUCAGCAGCAUGUUUUGCUGCAGUCCACAGUUCUUCCCCCUGGCAUGCUUCACUCGUACAGUGAACACCAGCUGCAGCAGCAGCAGCACUGUUCCCCCAGCCAGCCCCCACGGCAGCCCUUCCUGUUAGACUCCAGCCACAGACCGGGCUUCUACCAGAAAGCCCAUGCUUACCCCAAUGCCUCUUACAGUGACUACUGGCCCACCCCAGCUGAAAGGCCAUCCUCUGUCCAGCAAGUAAACAUACACAGGGAGCUGCGCUCCCUUUUUCCUUACAGCGAGAUGAACCAGGUCAUGACUUUGUACCCUGAUAUCAAGGAUAAGGGGACUGGAGCUCCUCCCCUAUGAAGACAGGCUGAGAAAGUUGGGGCUGUUCAG